AUGGAUUGUUUCCAGACGUCGCCCAGCUCCUCCUGGAUUUAUCCCACUGUGAUCCUCUGCUUAUAUGGAUUCUUCUCCACCAUGAGGCCCUCGGAACCGUUCCUUGCCCCAUACCUAACAGGCCCAAGUAAAAACCUUACCAGCGAAGAGAUCACAAAUGAGGUCUUCCCAGUGUGGACGUACUCUUACCUGCUGCUGCUGCUCCCGGUGUUCAUCCUCACUGACUACCUGCGCUACAAGCCGGUCAUCAUCCUGCAGGGGGUCAGCUUCAUCGUCACCUGGCUGAUGCUCUUGUUCGCCCACGGAGUGAAGGCCAUGCAGGUCAUGGAGUUCUUCUUCGGGAUGGUCACGGCCACCGAGGUGGCCUACUACGCCUACAUCUACAGCGUGGUCAGCCCCGAGCACUACCAGAGGGUCAGCGGCUACUGCAGGAGCGUCACGCUGGCGGCCUACACCGUGGCCUCGGUGCUGGCCCAGCUCCUGGUGUCCCUGGCCCGCCUGCCCUACUUCUACCUCAACGCCAUCUCCCUGGCCUCGGUCUCCCUGGCCUGCCUGUGCUCCCUUUUUCUCCCCAUGCCCAGGAAGAGCUUGUUUUUUCAUGCCAAGCGCAGCCUGGAAGUUGAGAAGUCGCCCAGCAGGGAGGCCGCGGUGGAGGAGGCCCCUGAGUGGGAGGCGCCCGGCUGGGCCGAGGAGAAGCCCACCUCGCGGGUGCCCACCGUCUCGGGGCAGCUGGCCGGCGGCCGGGGGAGGAGCGCCAGGGCCGACAGCUCGGCGUGGGGGGUGUGUGUGCGGUGGGUGCGUGACCUGAGGCAAUGCUACUCCUGCCGGCGCCUGCUCUACUGGUCCCUGUGGUGGGCGUCUUCCACGGCGGGCUACAACCAGGUGGUGAACUACAUCCAGGUCCUGUGGGAUUCCAAGGCCGCUUCGCAAGACUCUCUGGUCUAUAAUGGGGCGGUGGAGGCGUUGGCGACCUUCGGGGGGGCUGUGGCCGCCUUGGCAGUGGGUCAUGUGAACGUCAACUGGGAUCUCCUGGGGGAGCUGGCGCUGGCCAUCUUCUCGGUUGUCAACGCAGCCUCUCUGUUCCUCAUGCAUCACACCACCAGCAUCUGGGCGUGCUACGCUGCUUAUCUGAUCUUCAAGUCCAGCUACAUGCUUCUUAUAACCAUAGCGGCCUUCCAGAUUGCGGUUAACCUGAGUGUGGAACGCUACGCCCUGGUGUUUGGCAUCAACACCUUCCUGGCCCUGGUGAUUCAGACCAUCAUAACUGUGAUUGUGGUGGAUCCCAGGGGACUCAACCUGCCAGUCAACAUCCAGUUUCUAGUUUAUGGUACUUAUUUUGCUGUCAUUGCUGGGAUUUUCCUAAUGAGAAGCAUAUACAUUAUCUCCUCUGUUAAAUGCCAGAAGAAAGUGCAGAUCUUAGCUCCACAGCAAAAUCCAUAUGGGCCACAACCAGAGGAACCCACAAGUGUCACCAAGGGAAGAAGACUCUAA